ACACGAAAUCACAAACAUUUUCUCGAGAAAAUUUCACUGCGAGAUUUCAUAUCGGAUUUUCAAGUCUUUUCCUCCAAUUUGCACUUGAAGCGAUGGAUACCGGAUCAAAGGUGAAGAAAGGAGCCGGAGGAAGGAAAGGCGGCGGUCCAAAAAAGAAACCGGUUUCUCGUUCAGUGAAAGCCGGAUUACAGUUUCCCGUCGGUCGAAUUGGCCGGUACUUGAAGAAAGGGCGAUACUCUCAACGUGUGGGAACGGGUGCUCCGGUUUACCUUGCUGCAGUUCUUGAAUACCUAGCUGCUGAGGUUCUUGAGUUAGCUGGUAAUGCUGCAAGAGACAACAAGAAGAAUAGGAUCAUUCCAAGGCAUGUUCUAUUGGCAGUGAGGAACGAUGAAGAACUUGGGAAGCUUUUAGCUGGUGUGACCAUUGCUCAUGGUGGUGUUUUACCCAAUAUUAACCCAGUUCUUUUACCAAAGAAAAACGAAAAGGUGGCGACCAAGGAGCCUAAAUCGCCAUCCAAGGCUACCAAGAAGUCUCCUAAGAAGGCUUAGUUUCAUUUAUUUAAUUAUGUAUGUAGUUUCCUUUGUGUAGGAAAAUGUUAAUGUUGGUAAUGUAGGAAUUUAGGGCCAUUGUAUUUCUAAAGUCUAAUUUCCCAGUGUUAUUUCGAAUAGGUUUUGUUUGAAAUGAAUGAAUGAAAUUCAGAUUA